CAAGGAAGUUGUAUUGGUCCAAUCCUGUUUCUGCUGUAUACCUCACGACUUUUUAAACUUAUGGAAAAACAUCUACCUGACAUGCAAGGCUACGCGGAUGACACUCAACUUUACAUAUCCUUCCGACCGUCAUCUUCUGAUGAUAUUGAUAGGGCACUAUCUGCUUUGAGUGCUGCUGUUGCCGAUGUUCGCGCUUGGCUUACUUUUCACAAACUGAAAUUCAAUGACAACAAAACAGAGUUUAUCAUCAUUGGUACUCGCCAACAGCUUGCUAAAGUGGAUAUACCUUCUUUAAGAUUGGGAUCAGCCGACAUCACACCUUUAACUAGUAUCAGAAAUCUUGGCAUGUGGUUUGAUGAACAUUUGUCUAUGAGUGAUCAUGUCAGCAAGACCUGCAGUAAAGCCUUUAGAGGACUUUACAACAUCAGACAAAUUAGAAAAUUUCUUACUACAGAUACAACUAAGAUCUUAAUCCAUGCCUUUGUUACAUCACACCUGGACUAUUGCAACUCAUUACUGUUUGGUAUUCCUACUUAUCAACUAGAACGUCUUCAAAAAGUCCUCAAUGCAGCUGCACGAGUUGUGUAUUAUAUUCCUAAAUUUGACCAUAUUACUCCAUCUCUGAUAAAUCUUCACUGGCUUCCACUUAUAAUACUGAACGGGACAUCUGUAGGAGUUCCUGGCUUGUACUCAUCGCCGCUUAAUUUCCUGACAUCUUUGAAAAACUUCGCCAGUAAGUGGUCUAGUGCUUCUGCCG